AUGACCCUCAGCACUUUGACACCAAAUGCUAAAUUGAGAAAAUCGUCCAUAAUCGAUCAAGAAUUAGACCGACUAAAUAUAGACAUAGCUGCACUCCAGGAAACCAGACUUCUUGGGUUUGGAUCAGUUGCAGAAAAGAAUUACACAUUCUUCUGGAAAGGUAAAAAUGAUGGAGAGAAACAAGAACACUGUGUGGCCUUUGCUGUUCGUAAAUCUAUCUUACCAUUUACAGAACCACCUACUGAUGGCAAUAAACAUAUGAUCUCAAUGAAGCUUCACACCAAUCUUGGAGUCGUUAGCCUAAUUAACAUCUAUGCUCCGACCAUUCAAGCUUCUACAGAAGAAAUUGAUGUGUUUUAUACACAAUUGGAUCAAGCUGUCACAAAGAUCCCGAAAAGCAAACAAUUAUUUAUCCUUGGAGACUUCAAUGCCCGUGUUGGAAAAGAUGUUCUGUCUUGGUCUCCUCACAUAGGAUGCUUUGGUGUUGGGAAAUUAAACAGCAAUGGUCGUAGGCUUCUUGAAUUCACUGCACUUCACAACUUGUGCAUUAACACCUUUUAUGGAAUAUCUUUCAGGAGGAGAGUGUCAUGGUGCCAUCCAAGAUCUAAGGACUGGCAUCAACUUAAUCAUAUCGUAACAAGAAGAUCAUUCCUUAGCAAUGUCUCUCUUACUCGCAGCUUUCACAGUGCAGACUGCGACACCGACCAUGCUCCGCUUUGUUCCAUAGUAAAGCUGAAACCAAAGAAGGUCCAUCGAUCCAAACAACCAGGCAAAGCAAGAAUCAAUACCUCUAACACCAUUAACAAGGAUAAACAGCAUAAAUUUCAGUCUGAGUUCCAGAAGAAUUUACUAAACUCAAGACACACUGACAACCUUAAAUGGCAAAAUAUCAGCAAAGUCAUACAUAGUGCAGCAAUUCAGACUUUUGGGAUACAAAUCCCCAAGACGAAAGACUGGUAUGUAGAUUCUGCCACUGUACUAAAUCCGCUCCGGGACAUUAAGUGA